AUCGCAGAACUGCGUAGCCAAUUCAAGAGAAGGCAGAACACUUUCCUUCUUCCGGUGCGCACUAUGGUUUCUCAGGAUGUUAAAUUCGACGCCCUAGUGGAGGGCCUCGCCGACGCUGUCGACACCCUGGACACUGAUCUGAAGCCGCUCAUUGAGAACUUCAAGGAGAUAUCCUCCAAAUUGCCGGUAUUAGAUCAGGCCAAACUCAAUGUUCUCCUGGCUUACUCAAUAGAAUCAAUCAUUUUUAGUGCUCUGCGUCUGGAAGGAGUCGAUGCGAAAAAUCAUGACGUCUUCAAGGAACUCACAAGGACCAAGCAGUACUUUGACAAGAUCAAGAAGGCCGAAACACCGCCCGAGCCACGUCCGGAAGGGACUGGCGUGGACACGCAGGCCGCCAUUCGCUUCAUAAAGGCCGACCUGGCCGACGAGAAGAACAAGGAGAUGAACUUACGUCUUAAGGAGCUGUUGGCAAAGGAGAAGGCGAAAGCCGCACUGAAAAAGAGACGUGCUCCAGAAGCUGCCGAAGCCUCUGCUGACACGAGUGAUCCUAGUGUUAACCAGUCGGACAGCAGCAAGGCCAAGCGGAAAAAGCACGGAAGCAGCUCCAAGGGAUCCAAGGUAGCGGUAUUGGCCAGUAGUGAGCUUACCACAAGAGAGGGUCUACAGUCUCAACUGGCUGGCGGCUUACAAGAAGAUAAGAUGAACCUGAGAUACCCCGGGCAUAGAGCAGCACUGCUCCAUAUCAGCCACAUUUAUUUCAAAGAUAUGACAAGCUAUCAUGGACACGAGUUGUUGCCGGGAUCCAUCCAUGCGCCCACGGUCCACUUUCACCCGGUUUAG